AAAAAAUUCAGCAUCUGAGUUGAGUUGAGUGUAUCUGAUCCCACAAUUCACCUUUUACAUUAGACUGCGAGACCUUACCUCUCGGACAGCUGCAGUGAGAUUGUUGUCACUAAAGAUGCAGGGAGAAAAGGAAACAUUAGAGGCAGGUACCAAAGUGCAACCUGAUACGACGGGCCCCCUGACAGUCGAACAGCUGGCAGCUAUAGAGGAUGAAGAGAUGCUCAAUAAUAUGCUUGAAAAGGCUGUGGAUUUUGAGGAGAGGAAAAUGAUCCGCGCUGCUAUGAGAGAACUGCUGAAGAGAAAGAGGGAGCGGCGUGAUAGAGAGCGGGCGGUCCGAAUGGAGAACAUGCGUCAGCAGGGUGGCAAAGGAAAGACAGGUGCUGGACUGAAUAAGGACCAGAAAUCUGCUAAUGGUCCGAGGAUAGCUCAGGCAAGAUCAUUUUCUCCACCAACCUCUACUUCCUUUCCAAAAACUGUGGGCAGCCCGGCUCAGUCCUGUGUGGCCAGGGUUAAAGUACCCGGG